ACCAGACCACCCGCCGGUCGGCCGCGCUGGUCCGGAGGACGAAGGUGCAGGGACCAGGGGCCCGGCUAGGGCGUGCCGUUUGGCCCGAGGGUCGGGAGCUGAAACUCUACACCGCCGCGGAAAGGAUCGUCCCCUUUCUCCGCAGCUUCCCCUUCCCCCUCCCUCCCCUUCUCUUAAUCCCCUGGACUGAGACCCCGAGGGAGGAGUGGGCCCGGUGGGGGGGGAGGAGACAGAGCUUGCUGAGUCCCCGGGAGCCGGAGCACCCCGGGCAGGGGAGGGAAGGGGCGCGGUGUGAGAGGGGUGAGCGGGGCCACGCGCGACCCGGGACCUCUUCUAGCCCUCAGUGCCCGCACCCCGACCCCAAGCGAGCCUGCAAGGACCGCUCCUCCCCUUCUCUGCUCCCUUGGCUCUGUGGCCUUUUUCUUCGUUCCCCAAGAUAACCAGGAGCUUCCCUAAGCUUCGGGGCGCGCCGAGGGGCCGGGUCCAGGGAGUGUGAACGGGGACUGGGUGCCCGGGGCAAAGGGUGGCGCGCACCCACGGGCGCUGAGACCGAGAGGUGCCUGGCGGGGCAGUGCUGAGAACGAAGGGUGGCCCGGAGAGCCCGCCUCGGUGCGGGCCUGGGCAGAGCGGCCAGCUCCACCGCCACGCGCUCGUGGGCCUUCGGCGGCGGCCUGCCUGGGCGCUGACUUGGGCGAGUUUGGAGCCACGCAGUGGAGUUCUCGCUCCUCCACCUCCUCCUCCUCCUCCUCCUUCCCCGCGGGUCCCGCCGCAGUGCCCCGGCAGCCGCGACCACAGUCCUGGGAGCACCGCUCUGCGCCGCGGGGGGGAGGGUUGGCCCCAGGAGUCGCUCGUCCAGCCCAACCACCCGGGCAGCUUCUCCCAGCCCUCGGGGCUAGCCUGAGCUGCCUGGAGAGAGGCGUCGAAAGCAGCCGCAGCUCCUGCCUCCUGCCUCCUCGCCGGCCUGGGACGGGAGCUUUGGGCCCAUGUGUGGCCAAGAGGCCUCUGCAGCCUAAGGCCACAGCCGUGGGGGGCCUUGUGCCCCCCCGGGAGACCCUGGAGACAGUUUAGAUCGCGCCCCUUGGAUGAGGUCCCGCAGCGACGCCCAGGCCCGCCCCAUUCCUUCUCCUGCCUGGCCAAGCUGCCUCCCUUUUGGAAAGUUUUGUGGGUUUUCUUUCUCUUCCUCCAACUUUGGGGGAGGCAUCUCGUCAAGCGCCACAGCUUGGGGUGACCUUCUGGCUUGGAGGCCGGGAACCAUGGCGAGGGGCAGCCAUCGCUGAAGUCAGCGAAACUGAGCCUGGUCUGACGACGGCGACGCUGGAGGCCAGAGCCAUGGCCAUUGCCACGUCGGCCCAGCUUGCCAGGGCCCUCUACGACAACACUGCUGAGUCCCCUCAGGAGCUGUCCUUCCGCCGAGGGGAUGUUCUACGGGUACUCCAGAGGGAGGGUGCUGGUGGACUGGACGGCUGGUGCCUUUGCUCCCUGCGUGGCCAGCAGGGUAUUGUGCCUGCAAACAGAGUCAAGCUCCUGCCUGCUGGCCCGGCACCCAAGCCUAGCCUCUCCCCAGCGCCUCUCACCCAGCCUGGCUCAUCAUGUCCCACCCCAGAGCGUGGCAGUGAGGAACAGGAGGUGUAUGUGGUACCACCACCAGCUCGACCCUGCCCUGCCUCGGGACCUCCAGCUCGAUCCUGCUCACCCUCUCCCGAGUCCAUCUACAAGGUCCCCAGAGUCAAUGGGACACAGCUGACUGCCCCCAGAGAUGUGUUAGAGGUCUAUGAUGUGCCUCCCAACAUCCUCCGGGCUCCCUCCAACUGUCCGUAUGACUCCCCAGCUUCCUUUUCCUGUCCUCUGGCUCCAGUUGUCCCAAAGACCCCUGGAGAGGAUGAAGCUCCCUACGACGUGCCUCUAGCCUUGAAGCCAUCUGCCGAGCUGGAGCCAGAUCUGGAGCCAGAUCUGGAGUGGGAAGGGGGCCGGGAACCAGGGCCUCCCCUCUACGCUGCCCCUUCAAACCUGAAACGGGCCUCAGCUCUCCUCAACCUGUAUGAAGCCCCCGAGGAACUACUGGCAAAUGGGGAGAGCAGGGACACAGAUGAAGGCAUCUAUGAUGUGCCGCUGCUGGGGCCCGAGUCACCGUCUCCAGAGUCACCCUCUCCAGGAGCGUCUUCCUCCACUGACCUGGACACUGUGGCCCAGCUUCUGACCAAAAGUCCUCCGCCCCAGCACAGGCCCAGGCUGCCCUCCACCGAGAGCCUGUCCCGCCGCCCUCUGCCUGCCCUGCCUGUCUCUGAGGCUCCCGCCCCUUCCCCAGCUCCCUCUCCUGCCCCAGGCCGAAAGGGCAGUAUCCAGGACAGGCCUCUACCCCCUCCCCCACCCUGCCUGCCUGGUUAUGGGGGCCUCAAACCUGAGGGAGAUCCAGAGUGCAGGGAGGCAGACGAUGAUCCAGCAGGCCCUCACAACGAGUAUGAAGGCAUCCCGAUGGCUGAGGAAUAUGACUACGUGCACCUCAAGGGUGUGGAUAAAGCUCAGAGUUCUAGACCCCUGGAUAAAGCUUUCCCAGCGGAUCCCGAAUUGCUGGAGAGGGGGCUGCCGGAACAGCAGGAAGUCCCGUCCCCCGAGGAGCCGCUGGUCCUGUCCACUGGAGACCUACAGCUUCUGCAUUUCUACGCAGGGCAAUGCCAGAGCCACUACUCGGCCCUGCAGGCCGCCGUGGCAGCCCUCAUGUCCAGUACCCAGGCUAACCAGCCGCCGUGCCUCUUCGUGCCCCACGGCAAGCGAGUGGUGGUGGCCGCUCACCGCCUGGUGUUCGUUGGGGACACCCUCGGCCGGCUGGCAGCCUCCGCAUCUCUCCGAGCACAGGUUGGGGCUGCAGGCUCAAGGCUCGGCCAGACUUUGCGGGCCACUGUGCUUGCUGUCAAGGGGGCCGCCUUGGGCUACCCGUCCGGUACUGCAGUCCAAGAGAUGGCGCGAUGCGUAGCGGAGCUCGCGGGGCAGGCCCUGCGCUUCACCACCCUGCUCGCUGGCCUGCUCCCCUGAGCGCCCCUUGGUGCAGCCUUAGCUUCCCCUGCCUGCCAGAGCCCUGCUCCAUGUUGACGGUGGCUAGAGGACUCUGCUUGAGGGAAGGAGAGGGUCCUUCCCCUUUUCAUCUCUGGGUCAUCUCAGCCACUCGCCAAGGCAUCUCUUCCCGCCCCCCCUCCCCAUACCUACUGCUUUUUGUAUGAGCCAUUUUGUAUAAAUUAUUUAUAUUUAAUAUUUCUCGCUUUGUCCUCGUCAGCCUGGGGUAGAGGUUGCUGUACUGCCUUCUGCCUUUUGGGGGGUUUGGAACACGGAAAGUCAGGUCGCUGAGACUUGGAGCCACACAGAGCCCCUCUCCCGUUUCUUGGCUGAAGAUGACCAGCACCUCACUCUCUUCUGAGAGUGGGCCAGGGCAGUAGUUGCCCAGAAUGUAAUAGUCUGGGGAACAUUGGAGGGCUCGUCCCCUCACAGGUCAGGCAAGCUGGCUAUGGGCAUGGCAUGUACCUCAAUAAACCCUCCAUCUGGUU